AUGACCUUGCGGCUCAUCCUUCUGUACACUGGUCUGACGAAGAUGACAGAUGCAAAACAGCAGGGGCAGCAGCAGCUGCGCGAGCUGCUGCAGGCAUCCCUGCAACCUGCUACAGCCAAGGCAGCAACAGAACAGGUGCGGCAGUUGCUGCAGCAGCAGCAGCAGCCGGAGCAGCAGCGUGAGGUGUAUCUGCUGCUAGCAGAGGAGGCUCUUAGAGGAGAACAAGAAGAAAUCAGACAGCUUGCUGCAGUGCUGCUCAGACGCAAGGCAGCAAAGGCAUUUGGCUGCAUGCAGCCAGAGCAGCAGUCUGAGUUUACGGAGUCCUUAGUAAAUCGUUUGGGCAGCGAGUCUUCGAAGCCAGUGCGUCACUCCUUAGGUCAUUUGCUUGCUGCGCUGCUGCGGCUGCCUCAAUUUGACGAAGCAAAGACGAGACAUGUGCUGCAGCUCCUUGCUGCACCUCUGCUGCAGCAGCAGCAGCAGCAACAAAUGCAGCAGCAGCAGCUGCAGCAGCUGCAACUUGCUGCUGUCGAGGUAUUUGCUGCAUAUGUUGAAAGCGGAGACGGGGCAGAGACCUUCUUUGAUGAGUUGCUACACAUCUUUCAGCAAGGCUGCAUGCAGCUGAAUGCUGCCUCUUGGGGUGUAUCUGCAGCUCUCGCCACCACUGAUCAAAACCCUUCCCUCGCUGGGCCUUCUUUUGAGGGGCUCAGGGGCCUCGCGGAGGAUGCAGUAGACCCUGCACAACAAAAAAAGUUGUUUGCACUGCUGCCUGGCGUAACAACAGUUAUAGAGAAGGCGCUGCAGCCAGGCGGCGAUGAAGCCGUGGCUAUGGGGGGCCUCGAACUCAUAGACGACCUCCUAUCAAACGACUUGGUUUUAUCUGAAGCGGAGCUGCUGUCCGUUUUAAAUUUUCUUCUGUCUCUCGCUGAGCGGCCUUCCCUUGACAUCGGUUUAAGACAGCAGGCGCUGUCUCCUAUUCAGUGGGCAGCAAAACAAAAACCCAGAGUAUUAUGCAAGGGGGGCUUCGUCCCCCGUCUAUUAGAAGUAUUGGUCCGGAUUGCUGCUGAGCCUGACAGCGCUGAUUGCAUAAUAAUUGAAGACGAUGCGGAUGAAGGCGAAGAGUUAAACCCUUACAGAUUAGCUUGUCAGACAGUAGAUGCUAUUGCUGUUGCCCUCCCAAAUAAACAUGUCUGUAGACCUUUGCUGCAGCGACUGGAGGUCUAUAUACACCCUACAAGUCCCCGUACACCCGAGCAAGAAGUGCUGCAGCAAAGAGCAGCACUUACUUGCAUCGGUAUCAUGAGUGAAGGCUGUGAAGCAGCACUUCGAGGCAAACUUAAAACUCUCAUGCCUUUCCUUACUCCUCUACUGCAGCACAAUCAUCCUGCUGUUGCUGCUGCUGCUGCUCUCUGCUUCGGACAAUUCGCUGGGCAGGGAGAUGCCGCCCAGGGAGAAGGGGCUUGGGGGCGAUGUAUGCUGCUGCUACUGCUGCUGCAACUGCUGCUGCUGCUGCUGCUGCUGCUGCUGCUGCUGCUGCUGCUGUACCUCCAGCCUGAGAUAAUGCAGUACCAGGCUCAGGUGCUGCCGCUGCUGCUGCAGCAGCUCGACAACCCCAGCCGUCUAGUGCAACACAAAGCCUGCUACGCUCCAAGCGACAGCGUCAGAGAAGUUUGUUUGAGCGCUAUUCGUUCUGCUGCGGUAGCGAGUGUAGCUGAUGAAGAGGAGACAGGUGUCUCCUCUGUGUCUCCUCGGCCUUUUGAUGCGUUUGCUGCUGACCUAUUUCGUUUGUUAGAAGAGAUAAUUAGGUCUCCAACUGUCCCCCGUGGCAGUGCAGCAGCAGGAGGUGCAGCAGCAGUAGCAGCAGGCUGCUCACCUGCAACAAAGGCGAGAGCUAUCGGCGUUAUUGGGGGCCUUGUUAAGGGGCUGUCUCCUCAAUGCUAUCAGCAGCAGCUGCCUCAACUGCUGCAGCUAGUUGUGCAGCAGGUAGAUGGAGGAGACACUGCAGCAGAUAACAAAGGAGACGCCAAAGGAGACAGUACACCCGAAGCAGCACAUGAAAUUCGAGACGAGGCCUUCGCUUGCUUCCGUGAUGUCUCCUCUGCUCUUAAAGAAGACUUCGUCCCCUUCCUUGAGGACGUGAUGGUUCGUGUCUUAGCUUCUUUAUUUAGCAGCGAGGGGUUUGUUGCUUCUCAAGAUGUAGGAGAUUUCGCAUUAGGAGACAGCGGAGACGAAGACGAGGGGGGGAAGGAGCUUCAAAUAAGAGACGGGUAUCUCGACGAGUUGGACUCUGCUGCUUUCUGUCUCCGUUCUUUGUGGGAGAAUUGCGGGGGGCACUGCAUGAAGUACCUUCAAAAGACAUGUGAAGCAAUAGAAGUCUUAAAGAUGCACUUCCACGACAAUGCCAGGCAGCAGGCUGGCUUUCUUAUUGCUGCUGUGCUGCUGGCAGCUCAUAAGACCUUAUCUCCACAGCAGCAGCAGCAGCAGCAGCAACAGCAGCAGCAGCAGCAGCAAACAGAUCCGCAGCCCCUCCAACCCCAUGUCUUGCAGCUCUGGCAGACGCAACUUUACCCUCUUCUCUUCGCCAUCAUCAGCGAGGACGUAGACAAGGAGACAGUUGGAGACGCCUUGUCUGCUAUGGGUGUCGUCUUAGAGGGUGUGGGGCCCGCUGCUUUCUUCAGCAAAGAGCAGCGCGAGAGUUUGCUGCAGCAGUGCAGCAAUUUGCUGCGGGGCAAUCACAUCUGCCAGCUCAACCAAGACGAAGACGACUCGCGACAAGAAGAAGAAUAUUUGUUUGAGGGUCUGGUUGCGUUCUUGUCUGCAUUUGCUAGUGCAGCAGCACAGGGUACAGCUGCGCUGACAGCAGCAGCAACAGCAGCAGAUCCAGCAGCAGCAACUCAAGCAGCACAGGCUAUAGCAGCAAACUGCAACAUGGAGGACUUCUGCAGGGCUUAUGCUGAUCUUCACCCGCACAUCUUAGCGCUGGCUGCUCACAAACAUUCAAAGAUAUAUGCUGCCAUAGGCUUGGGCUGCUUUGCUGAGGUGUUUAGGGAGAUGCAAGCAGCAGCAAUUCCUUACGCGGGGUUGCCAGCAGUGCUGAAGGCAGUGGGUAGCGGCAUAGCCCAAGACGAAGAUGAAGACUGCAGACGCAACGCUUGCUUCUGUCUCAGUGUUAUCUAUGAGGUGGCGGGAUCGUCUCCUGAAGUCAACUCCAAAAGUUUGGAGUUUCUGCAACUCAUGCAUCCUAUCUUCAGACCCCGUGAUGAUCUGAAUAGGUCUGAGCAGAGCACAGUAGACAACGCCUGUUCUGCUGUUGCAUCGAUGCUGCUGCAUGCACCAGCAGCGGGGCUGCCUCUAGCAGACAUUGUUAGAGUGUUUGUCCAGCAUUUACCUCUCGAGACAGACAAAGAAGAAAGUAAAACUGUUUUAAAGGCUCUGCUGCACCUUGCAGCAACACAACCCCAACUCGUGCUGCAGUACGCCCAGCAGUUUAUGUUUGCCUGUGCAUGCGAGGCUUCCUUCCCAGGAGCAGCAAGAAAGGUUGGGUUAGAGCUAACAGCAGCAGCGCAGCAGCUGCUGCAGCAAAUGACGAGCUCUCAGCUGCCUCCUGUAGGAAGAUCAUAG